GUCCUCAUGAUCACUGUCCCUCCCUUUACUCAUCCCUUGAAAAAAGGUUUGAAAAUUACCCAAAUAACACUUCCUAUUUUGAGUCCAAUAUUAGUAAUAUCCAAGGCAAUUGCUAAUAAUAGUUAUCAAGUAUUCACAUCACUUCACCAUAACUAAAUACUUUCUAAAAGAAAAAGAAAAGAAAAACCCAAUUGCCCAUGUCUUAAAUUAAGUUGUGGGUGGGUUGUCUUCCAUCACUAGAAUUAUCUGAAUCAUAUGGAAUUCCAUUGGUGCUUCUUCACUACCUUCUUGUUUCUAAGCUACCUAAACCUCAUUUCAUCUAAUCAAGAAGGUUUUUGGAGUUUAUCAUGUGGAAGAGCUACAAAUUUCAUUGAUUCCUCCAACAUUUCAUGGGUAUCAGACUAUGGAUACAUCACAAAAGGGAACACCACAACUCUUGAUUUCAAUGACUCCAUUCGUUUUUUCCCAAAUCCUAAGAACCGAAACUGUUAUAAGCUACCAAUAAACUACACAUAUUCAUCCUUGAUUCUUAUUCGGGUCAGUUUCAUGUAUAAAAACUAUGAUGGGCUUCAACAGCCACCAAUGUUUUCUGUUUCUCUAGGAACAGCUGUUUCUGCUACUAUUAACCUAUCAUUUAAAGAUCCAUGGGUAGAAGAGUUCAUAUGGCAAAUUGACAAAGAGACUCUUUUGUUAUGCUUGAAUUCCAUUCCGAAUGGUGGGAUUCCGGUCAUUUCUUCAAUUGAAAUCCGACCAAUGCCUCAAGGAGGUUACUAUAACGGAAUGGAAGAUUUUACAAACAAGUUGCUUAGAAAACGCUACCGAAUCAACUGUGGUUUUACUAAUGGCUCUAUUAGGUACCCUUUGGAUGAAUACGAUAGGAUAUGGGAUCCAGAUGAAGAAUUUUCACCUUUUCAUACAUCAAUUGGAUUCAGUAACCCUGAAACUUUUGAUACAUGGAGCCUCAACGAGCGUCCUCCUCUACCCGUUGUUCAAACGGGUAGAGUUUUGGCUAGGCGAGAAGGGUUAAGUUACAAUUUUGCCCUCCAAAAUCUUGGAGAUUACUAUCUUGUUGUAUAUUUCGCUGGAAUUCUUCCGGUUUCACCCACCUUUGACAUCUUGAUUAAUGGGGAAGUUGUUGCAUCAAAUUAUAAUGUAAAAAUAUGGGAAGUUGGGAGCUUGUAUUUCUUAAGGAAAGGAAUCCAGAACUUGAAUAUUACUUUCAAAGAUAUUACUUUCUACCCUCUUGUCAAUGCAAUUGAAGUGUAUGAGAUAGCAAACAUACCUCCUGAAUCCUCUACAACAGUAGUUUCAGCUCUUCAAGUUAUUCAGGAGUCCACAGGGUUGGAUCUUGAAUGGGAAGAUGAUCCAUGUUCUCCAACAACCUGGGAACAUAUACAAUGUGAAGGAAGUUCUGUCACCUCAUUGGAACUAUUUGACAUUGAAUUGAGGUCAAUCAGUCCUACAUUCAGUGACCUAUUCGAUCUAAAAACACUAGAUCUUCAUAAUACAUCACUUGUAGGGGAAAUCGAAAACCUGGGUGGCUUAAAGAGUCUUGAAUAUCUGAACCUGAGUUUUAAUAAGUUAAUAUCAUUUGGGACUGAUCUGGAUGGAUUAAUCAGCCUUCAAGUUCUGGAUCUAAAGAACAACAGUUUAGAAGGUUUAGUUCCUGAAAGCCUUGGAGCCAUGAAGAAUCUUCACCUGUUGAGUCUGGAAAACAAUCAACUACAAGGCACCAUCCCAAAGACAUUGAACAAAGAUAGUCUUGAAAUAAGAACAUCCGGGAAUCUGUGUCUAAGCUUCUCCAUAUCAAAUUGCUAUAAUACUACACCAAAUGCAUCAAUUGAUGCACCAAAAGUCUCGGUUUUUGACAAGAAGAAGGAAAAACUUCAUAGCCAUUUAGCAGUUGUACUUGGUGGAGUUGGAGGAGUACUUUUUGUUCUUAUUACAGUGUCUAUUGCAGUUUUCUUAUACAUAAGGUCAAGGAGAAAUAAAGAACAAUCUAAAAAAAGAGAAGGUGAGCAAGCUGACCUGGAUUUGAGAAACUGGAAUGCAGCAAAAACCUUCUCUUACAGAGAAAUCAAAGCAGCCACUAGCAACUUUAAGAAGACUUUAGGGCGUGGUAGUUUUGGGUCAGUCUACCUCGGGAAGCUUCCGGAUGGAAAACUGACAGCUGUCAAAGUCCGAUUUGAUAAAACAAAACUCGGAGCUGAUUCUUUCAUUAAUGAGGUGUCCAUUUUGUCUUCAAUUUGUCACCAAAAUCUUGUAACUUUUGAAGGAUAUUGUGAUGAAUCAAAACAGCAAAUACUGGUUUAUGAAUAUUUACCAGGUGGAUCAUUGAGUGAGAAUCUUUAUGGAGCAAAUAGCAAAAAAAUAACAUUAAAUUGGGUGCGUAGACUUAAGAUUGCCAUUGAUGCUGCAAAAGGUUUAGACUACCUACACAACGGGAGCAACCCACGGAUCAUCCACCGUGAUGUGAAAUCAAGCAAUAUACUUUUGGAUGCAAACAUGAAUGCUAAAGUUUGUGAUUUUGGCCUAUCAAAACAAGUAACUCAGGCAGAUGUGAGUCACGUGACAACUAUGGUGAAGGGCACUGCAGGAUAUCUUGACCCUGAAUAUUAUUCCACACAACAAUUGACAGAAAAGAGUGAUGUUUAUAGCUUUGGAGUUGUUCUUUUGGAGCUAAUUUGUGGUAGAGAACCAUUAAGGAGAACUGGAUCACCGGAUUCAUUCAAUUUGGUUUUAUGGGCGAAACCGUAUCUUCAAGCGGGUGUAUUUGAGAUAGUGGAUGAGAGCUUACAAGGAACAUAUGAUGAAGAGAGUAUGAGAAAAACAGCUACAAUUGCUUCCAUGUCUGUUGAUAGAGAUCCAUCACAAAGACCAAAUAUGUCUACAGUACUUGCAGAACUUAAAGAAGCCUACAGCAUCCAACUAUCUUAUCUUGCAACUCUUGAACCUCCCACUUGA